AUGUCUCGUAGAAGAUCGGAGAAAAGUGAGAGUGCUAAUUCAGAGUUGGAAGAGUUGAAGUAUAAAUACUAUAAAGAUUUAAGAGAUGAAAUAGUCAAAAUUAGACGUUCUGGAAAAUAUUUCAGAUGUCCAUACUGUGAUAAUUCUAGUAAAGAAUAUGAUUUGCAAGAUCUUCUAAGGCAUUCUUCCCGCAUUGGUAGAGAUUCAAAGAGUGCUAGUUUUAGAGACAUAGCUAGACAUUUGGGAUUGCUCAAGUACUUGGAUAGGUACGUCGAUGCAGACAAGAAGGUAUCCCAAUCAAGUCGAAGGAAAAGUUUUGAGCCAUCAGGGAAGAGUUCUCGAGAUGCUAAGAGUGAUCCAGUAGAGCCAUCUCACAUCACUGAGCAGUACAAAAGCGGAGGAAAAUUUUAUUCGUCUUCUGUUAGGACAAGUGAAGCAGUAGAUAAACCUGUUGAUUGUGCUGAAGAGCGCCCGAGAAGGGAAAAACUAAAUGCAGAGAACACAGUGCAUCUAAUGAGCCAUUUAUCAAUGAGGCCAAGGACGAUCCUNGAUCCCAUAGUUUUUCCCUGGAUGGGAGUAGUAGCCAAUAUCCCGGUUGAAAAUAAGGGAGGUAGGUAUGUAGGUAAAAGUGGAACAAAUCUAAAAAAGGAGUGGAUUGCCAAAGGGUUUAAUCCAGUGAAGGUUCAUCCUUUAUGGAAUUUCCGGGGUCACACUGGCUAUGCCAUAGUUGAAUUUAAAGGGGAUUGGUCGGGAUUCAUGAAUGCUAUGGCAUUUGGUAAAGCAUUUGAAUUGGAUAAACAUGGGAAGAGAGAUUGGAAUUUAGUAAGACAUCGGGAUGAUAAAUUAUAUGCUUGGAUUGCGCGUGAUGAAGAUUACUACUCUGAGGCUCUCAUUGGUAAACAUCUCCGCAAACAUGGAGAUCUAAAGACAGUUUCUGAAAUACAAGCAGAGAAUAAAAGGAAAGAUUCUAGUCUACUAUGCAACUUGACCAAUGAGUUAGAGAUGAAGAACAAGGCAUGUGAAGAGAUGAAGAGAAAAAUAAGCAGAACUGAAGUUUUUAUGGAUAAUGUGAUGAGUCAAAAGGAGGAGAUGGUUCAAAACUACAAUGAAGAGAUGGAGGUGAUGCGGCGUAAAGCAUUCAAUCAGCUCCGGGAUUCCAUACGUGAGCAUGAGAAAAGUCGAAUGCAGCUCAAAGCUCAAAAAAAAGAAUUGAUGCUACGAGAACAAGAAUUGAGAGAACGUGAAGCACUAAAUGAGAGUGAGCAAAGAAAGCUUGACCAUCAAAAGGAGAUGAAUGAGAGGGCGAUUUUGGAGCAGAAGAAGGCUGAUGAGAAAAUUUUGAAAUUGGCUGAAGAUCAGAAGAAAGAAAAGGAACAACUUCAUAAAAGAAUAAUUGAACUUCAAGCAAAACUUGAUCAGAAGCAAGCACUGGAGUUGCAGAUUGAGCGCUUGCGAGGUGCCACGGAAGUGAUGAGACACAUGAAUGUGGAAGGAGAUCUCGAAGCAAAGAAGAAACUGGAGUCAAUUCAAGAAGAAAUCAAGGAGAGUGAAGAAGAACUUGAAAGCUUGGAAACACUGAAUCAAACUCUAAUUAUAAAGGAAAGACUUACAAAUGACGAGGUGCAAGAAGCCCGUAAAGAGCUUAUCAAUGGUUUAAAGGAGAGCUGUGCUUUUAUCUGUGUCAAGAGAAUGGGGGAACUUAAUGAGAAACCAUUCCAUGCUGCUGCAAGAAAAAUUUACAACUCGGAAGAAGCAGCAGAGAAAGCAAUGGAACUAUGUUCCUUGUGGGAGGAUCACCUGAGGGAUCCAAAUUGGCAUCCGUAUAAGGUUAUCCAAAAGGGUCAAAAUGUUGAGGAAGUAAUUGAUGAAGAUGAUGAGAAGUUGAAGGAUCUAAAGACUGAGUAUGGUGAAGAAGUGUAUCAAGCUGUGGUAACUGCCUUAAAUGAGUUGAAUGAGCAUAACCCCAGUGGUAGGUACCCAGUACCUCAGUUGUGGAAUAAUAAGGAAAAAAGAACUGCAUCAUUGACAGAAGGAGCUGAGUACAUAUUGAAACAGUGGAAGCUGUAUAAGAGGAAAACAAGAUGAAGCAUUUGACUGAACUUUGAGAGGAAAGAAGUAGAAAUAUUAUGAUGGUCGCAUGAUAAAUUCUAGUAGGCCAGCUUAACCAUUAGCAGGAAUUCUCAAAGUCUGCAACAACUUAGUUUUAUUACCCAUCCCUUCAUUUAGCUCUAUAUUUUUUGUGAAAAUUUUAGAUGAGACAGCUUGUUCUUUGUCUGCUGUUUCAUUUUGUCAUUUGAUACAUAGCAGCUUCAACUGUUUUGUAAAUUCUGACCAGAAACAGCUAGAAAUAUAUGGAUUAAGUCAUUGGAUAGUUUACUGUACAAAGUUGAUUUACAGAGGAGCACUCUGUAAUUUUGCAGCA